AUGGAGUCCUUCAGUUCAAAGAGUCUGGCGCUACAGGCAGAGAAGAAGUUACUGAGUAAGAUGGCAGGGCGGUCUGUGGCUCAUCUCUUGGUGGAUGAGACGAGCAGCGAGGUGCUAGACGAGCUCUACCGUGUGUCCAAAGAAUACACACGCAGCAGGCCCCAGGCCCAGCGGGUUAUCAAGGACCUGAUCAAGGUGGCGGUCAAGGUGGCCGUGCUGCACCGCAGUGGCUGCUUCAACCCCAGCGAGCUGGCCCUGGCAACCCGCUUUCGCCAGAAGCUGCGACAGGGCGCCAUGACAGCACUCAGCUUCGGGGAGGUGGACUUCACCUUCGAGGCCGCCGUGCUGGCCAGCCUGCUGACCGAGUGCCGGGACAUGCUGCUGGAGCUGGUGGAGCGCCACCUCACACCCAAGUCCCAUGGCCGCAUCCGCCACGUGUUCGAUCACUUCUCUGACGCCGGCCUGCUCACGGCCCUCUACGGGCCUGAUUACACCCAGCACCUGGGCAAGAUCUGCGACGGGCUGAGGAAGCUGCUGGACGAGGGCAAGCUCUGA